AAGAGGGAGAACGAGAUACAGAACAGUCUUUCUAGGAGGAGAGGUCAGGCCCCGGAGGCAGAAAGAGCUGCAGUUUUGGAAGGAUCUUGUGACAAAUAACCAUGGAUGUCGUCUUCGCUCCGGUGAUGUUCGUGCUCCUGAUAUUGACACACGGCUCCCAGGCUGCUGUACAAGUCCAGGAUGGUGAAUUUUCGUUCUCACUGGAUUCGGUGAAAAAAAUGAAGGAACUCCUAGCAGCAGAUGCCAGACCAGCUUCCGCCAGAGCGAGAAGUCAGACGAGCCAGGUCACUUUCUUACAGCUCUGUUUAAACCCAGAACUGCCAAAGGAUUUGCGCCCAGUCUGUGCCAGAGAAGAUGCCCCUGACAUUUUCACGAGGCUUGAUCUUGCUGUGGAAGACCCUGACUUGUGUGAGCUCUGUGUCAAUGCUGCCUGUACCGGCUGUUACUGAACGUGGAGGGAGCCUUUGGCGCAGCCCAGUGGAAGGCCUGAGAUCUUGAACUGUUGGUAAUAAAUGCCUUGCUUCAAUCUCUUAUCAGAGGACUCUUUAUCAGUAAUAUUAAUUAACUUUUGGGUCAGCUAUCAGGGAGCUCUGCACAGGAAUGCUCCUGAAAUCUCUGCAUCUCCAUUGAUCCCUGGAUGUUGAAGUUCAACACUUCCUAACCUUGUUUCUGAAGCAGGACUGAUGCAUUGGGAAUUCUCCGCUGAGUCGAUUCUUAUUUCCAAAUGUACAGAACCCCUGGCAUAGGCCAUUUGUUACAACAGUCAGUUUCAUAGGUUCAUUCAUAGCUACCUCCCCUUAUGCUGUAGCAUAGUGGUCAAGUGGUUGGGUUGUAAAUCAGCACUCUGCCAGUUCAAAUCCCACUUCUGUCAUGAGCUCAGUAGGUAACCAUGGGUAAGCCAUA